AUGAUAUUUCAGGCUGGUUGUUUGUUUCUGUCACUUGUGGUAGGAACUAUAGGUUUACCCUUAGACGGAGAACAGGAUACAUCUCCUUACUUUGAUUAUCCCCAGCGUCGGAUUUACAAUGGUGAUGAAGCUGGUCUCGUGCCUCACAUGGUAGCUUUGGUUAUCGGUGAACAUACUAAAAUCUUCAUAUGUGGUGCCUCUCUUAUUACAAAACGACAUGUACUCACGGCCGCUCACUGUAUUGAUGCUCUUACGAAAAACGGUGCACUGAUUGGAUCUGCAAAAGGAAUUGUUGGGACGAAUUAUUGGAACAAGGGUGGAACUCAGUAUACCUUUUCUCGCAACAUUCCUCAUCCUGAUUGGGAUUCAAAAACAAAAAAGAAUGAUAUUGGUAUACUAAUCACGUCACAACCGGUGACACUAAAUGAAUAUGUGCAAAUCGUUACUCUCGAUUUUAAUUUUAUUGGUGGUAACGUCCCUGUUAUUGUCAACGGAUGGGGUAGACUUCAAAAGGGGGCCAAAGAAGUUUCACAGUCACUCCAGGAACUUCAAACAUUUACUAUUGAUGGCAAUUCGUGUGCAUCUCGUAUAGCGAAUGUACUAAAUCCCUCAAACAGUUUUGAUCCAAAUAAGGACAUUUGUACUUUUAUUGAUAAGAACUCAGGCGUGUUUUUUGGUGAUUCAGGCAGCCCAUUAAUACUUCAAGAAACUAGACAGCAAAUUGCUGUCGUAUCGAGGGGUUUUUCAGGAUCUGUUUCCAGAUUUCCCGAUAUUUAUGUGAGAGUCAGUGCCUACAAAUAUUGGAUUCUACAAACCGUACGGCUGUAG